AUGUCCGAGUUUGGGAUGAGCGAUUCGUCGUACUUUGACGCUCCAGACGUGAGUCUGGAGCACGCGACUUUUCCCCAUCUCACUGGUGUUGAGUGGGAUGCCCUAAAUCGCCUCGCGGCGAUAUCUGGAGAGGCAUUCGUUGUGUCGCUGAUGAGAUCAGCGACUCCUGAUGGACAGCGUCUCGCCAUACACGACUACAUGGCUCGCGAGCUCGCCAAAUCCCAUCGGCGAGGUUUAACUCCCUCGCGGACUUCACGGAACGAUGCCGUGAAGAUGGAGACCUCCGCCUAUUCUGGCGAAGGAAAAGAACGCUUGUCGUUGUCUCGUUGGUUUAGAGAGAUCGAUAUCGCUAUCGCCUCGAGACUUAUCGAGGCUCCUCAAGCGAAGGUCAAUUUCCUUCUUUCCCGUCUCACUGGGAAAGCCAAGGAGUGGGCCUUGGGAAAACUCGUUGUUGACGAGUUUGCGUUCCCCCACUCUGGAAGCCAUCCAGAGUGA